AUGACAGAGAGGGAGAGGCAGCGGUGCCAUGGAGGACUGCUUGUGUUGUCUGUGGCUGGAUCACUUGGAGAUAUUUCCAAAUCCUUUGUGGAUUUCACCAGCCCAGCCGAAGUCAACAGCUACUUUACCUUCAAUGUCACCUCGGCGCUUUGUCUCACAUCCUCCAUCCUAACCUUCCCAGAGCACUCUGGCUUGUGCAAGACUGUUGUGAACAUCUCUUCACUGUGUGCCCUGAAGCCCUUCAAGAGCUGGAUGUUGUACUGCACUGGGAAGGCCGCCCAGGACAUGAUGUUCCAUGUUCUGGCACUUGAAAAGCCUGACGUUAGAGUUGUCAACUAUACCCCAGGUCCUCUGGACACAGAAAUGAAGCAGGUAGCCCGCACAAAAUCAGGAGACCCAGAAGUGCGCUGGCAGUUCCUCAACAUGAAGUACAGUGGACAGCUGCUAGACUGCAAUGUGUCAGCUGAAAAGCUAGUGAACCUUCUGCUGGAGGACAUAUUCAAUUCUGGGGCACAUAUAGACUUCUACUAA